CCGGCGCUUCCCUCAUCGCCCGACCCGGACCACACCCUGCAAACCCCAGCGGAAAGCCAAGGAAAUCGGAGGAACGGAUCCGCAACACCAUACCGUCCGUCGGCAGCAGCAUGAGGGUACGGAGGCGGAGACCGGAGUCGGAGGCGAUGGAGAGCAAGGAGAACUCCGUGCAUUCGGCGCCGCCUCCCAAUAGGCCGCGCGGGAAACGCAAGGCCCUGGCCGAGCUCCCCGCGUCCACCGGACCGAACACGAACCACGGCUCGGCGCCGCGGCCGUCGAAGCCGAGGACGCGGUCGGCGGCGCGGGCGGAGGCCGAGGCGGAGGAGGCGAGGAAGCGGCAGGAGGCCGAAGACGCCGCGCGCGGGGCCGACCUGGGCCGGCCGCUGGACUCGAGGCCGCCUGGCGCCGAAGCGGCGAAUGCGGCGAUCGCGCCGUACGUCGGGGACAUCGACCGGUACCUCCGGUCGCUGGAGGUUGAACCGUUGAGGAGGCCAAGCCCUGACUAUUUUCAGAAGAUCCAGAAAUACAUCUCACCCAAAAUGAGGGCUGUCCUUGUGGAUUGGUUGGUGGAGGUGGCCGAGGAUUUCAAGCUUCACGCAGAAACUCUUCACCUUGCGGUUUCCUAUGUCGACCGCUUCCUCACAACGAAUGUUGUUACCCGGGACAAGCUGCAACUGCUGGGUGUCACUGCAAUGCUCGUUGCUGCCAAGUAUGAAGAAAUUGAGUCUUCUAAGAUGAAGGUGAACAGAUACACUGAUAUCACGGAUGACACUUACACCAAGCAGCAAGUGGUAAAGAUGGAGGCUGACUUACUGAAAUCUCUUAGCUUUGAGAUUGGGGGUCCCACUGUAACAACAUUUCUACGGCAAUUCAUAGCUUCGUGUCGUGGAGGCAAUAGUAAAAGCAGAGGAAAACUUGAGUCCAUGUGCAGUUACCUUGCGGAAUUGAGCUUGCUGGAUUAUGACUGCAUAAGCUACCUACCCUCAGUAGUUGCUGCUGCCUGCCUGUUUGUAGCCAGAUUGACAAUCCACCCAAAGGCUAGUCCGUGGAACUUGACACUUCAACAAAACACGGGGUAUAAAGUCUUUGAUCUGCAGAAAUCUAUUUAUGUCAUACAUGAAUUGCAGUUGACAAUAAGGUGCCCAGACCAGCAAGCCAUCAGAGAGAAGUACAUGGACCCCAAGUUUGGGUGCGUGUCAACAAUGGCUUCACCACGAGAAAUCCCUGCAUCUUUCCUUGAAGAUUGCCACAAGUGAAGUCUGGACUCUGCAGAAUGUUUUUUUGCAAGAAUGCUGCAGGCGAUGCAGAAACUUAACUUGAUGAUAGGAUAAUUUAAAUAGGUCGGGAAUGUGCCCUGCCCAGCAUUGUCGAUUGCUGGUACUGGUCUCAGUUUCCAUCCCAUUGGCAAUGCUGUGCAUUGGUAUUUUUUUUGGUACAAUGUGCAAUUGAAGGCUUUCUGUACAGGGGUGUUAUCAGUUAGCACUAGCCCAUGCCAUGUAAAUUAUAUAACGCAAGUCAUCUUAUUUCUUAGCAUUGCCUGCAUAUUUGUACAGGGGUGUUAUCAGUUAGCACUGAUGAACAGUAUGGCGUUUGUAUUCUGAAAGGCAGUUAAGUUGGCCUACGUACUACUUCACAUUAUAGUAGUAAAACUGACAAA